AUGCAAAUACAAGAAGCAGAAGGUACACAAAGACAAGCAGUUUCAUCUGGAUUACAACAACCUCCAGAGGGUAACCCACCAUCAUCACAUAUGCCACUGAGAGGAAAACAUGGAAUCAACGGUAAUAGUCGAUAUCAACAGAUAUGA